AUUUCGUAGUACUCGUAAUAUGAUAUUUUCGAUUCUCAGUCAUCGCCUGUGAUAAAAUAUAAUGUGUCUCGAAUUAGUUCGGUUUCGAAUUAUGUCAGCUCUAUCUUUUUAUUUUCAACUAUACAUAUAUGUAUUAUUUUUAUACAAAAUAUUUUAUUGCCAUACUAUUUUCGAUGAACUAACAGUAAAUAUCUGAAAAGUUGUCAAUACCUUUCAAUUGGAUUGUAGUGUUAAGAUAUGCGCAUGCGUCAUGUUCCGAUGAUAAACAAUUGAGAAAUGUCCUUUAUGCUCACGCUAUGUCAUCAGUCAAAAACAGUUGGGAACCCGAGGGUUGAACAAAUGACAACAACAUUUUCGAAUGCGGCCUUUUGACAGCUAAGGAUAAGCGAUAAUUUCCCUUUGUUGUUUUCCUCGCUUUACAAUGGGUUAGGGGUGUUGUAGCAUUUACUAAGGUUGGACGGUUGAAUUGUUGGAGCAUUAGAACAUUGGCACUGGAGUUGUAAUGUUGCGAAUGCGAGAGCAGCUGAGGAGCAAAUGGAUGCCUGAGAACGAAGAGAGUACAAGUAAUCAAUGUGUGUGCGGGUGUUUGUGAAUGUGUUUCAUCAGAGACCAUGAGAAGAAUGCGUGGAUUGUGUGGCAUGAAAAUCAAGUAGCAGCAGUAGAAGGCAGGGCAGGCGGUCACAAAAAAAUACCUUUUGGGCAGGGCCAGCAAGUAUGGCGAGUUUAGUUUCAGCCACAGAACGAGGCAGACUGCGAGUGUAUACUUUUGUGAAAAGAAAAACUAAUUUUUAUAAUUAAAAUAAUUGAAAAGUAUAAAUUUAAUUGGUGUAUUAGUGAAAACGACAACGAAUAUUCUUAAGAUACAAAUGUGUAUAAGGUUUAAUAAAGUGUUGUAGAUUUAAUUGAGAGAAAUGGAUAUAAUAAUUGGUGUACCGUGAUUUUUUUUAUGCUUAUGAGGAACUAGAUCCUGCAGAAACGAAUACACCAACAACAAUCGAACCAACAACAUCAAAAAGCAUUACCACCACUUCUACUUUAGCAACUGACAGCUGUCUAUCGGAAAACAACAACACAACCAAAAUAAUGGACACUGACAGUGGUAGCAGUAACUUGAACAGCAGUAUUGGUGGAUCUACAGCAUCUAUUGCCGGUCAGUUGCAUCUGCAGCAGCAGCAUCAUCAACACCCACCCAAUAGCAUGGCGGUUAGCACACCGUCCAGCGAACAUCAGGAGGCGAUUGCGCUAAAAAAGGCUUUAGAGUGGGAGCUUAGUUUGGAUGCAAAGGAUUUACGUUCACAUGCCUGGUAUCACGGGCCACUGUCACGGCAACGCGCCGAGGAGAUUGUACAGCGGGAAGGAGAAUUUUUGAUAAGAGAUUGCGGCUCACAACCAGACAACUAUGUACUCACCUGUCACACCAAAACGCAAGUGCUGCAUUUCGUUAUAAAUAAGAUACUUUUACAACCUGAGACGGUCUAUGAACGCGUACAAUAUCAAUUUGAAGAGGAUGCCUUUGAUGCAGUACCCGACCUCAUCACCUUCUACGUUGGUUCGGGCAAACCCAUAUCCGUAGCUUCAGGGGCGCGUAUACAGUAUCCCUGCAACCGCACAUAUCCAUUAUCAUUCUAUGGACACAAAAUUGUCGGUAAUCACUUGCACACACAAAUGUUGGCCGGCAUACGCGGUGCUAGUCCACUCAACUCCCCACUAAGUCACAACGGGAAUUUCCGUUUUGGUUCCGGUAUCAUAACACAACAUAGCCAACAGCAGCAACCGGUACAUAGUCCCAUGUCGUCACCGCCGCGUGUCAAGCGCGAAAUACCGCCACGUUUGCCAUCAAAGAAGCAACGCUCGCAAUCACUCACGCCAGCGCAUGCAACGCCCACUAGCAACGUGCGCCAAACGCAUAAUAGUGAAUCGUGCUCCAGCGCUGACGGUAUUAUACAAGCGGCGCCUACUCCACCUGCUGAGUGCGUUAAUCCGAAUGGCUUCCACGAACGCGGACGCCGAUUAAGCAAUUUUGAGAAAGAAGUGCUAGCUAGUGAGACGUCAUUAGUUGGGGGUGAUAACACGAGUAUAAACUUGCAAAGUCAUCUGGAGCAUUUGGCGCAAACGGGCAAACUACAUGGCAAUGGAUUUCAAACAAUCGCACGCUGUUCCGCUGCUACCGAAGCAGUUGAUCACUUCAAAUUCACCACACAUUCAUUGCCACGCCCCAAUACCAAUAACUUUCGCGGCAAUAGCAUUAUGCGCAUCUCAAGUUUGGCGCGAGAUUUUGGUUCAGAUGCCGUUGGCUUGAGCACAAGCUUGGACAGACAAAUACCCGAGCUCCCAGAGAAACCACCGAGUCCACCACCCAAGCCGGUACGCGCAAAUAGUCAAACUCGUAAAGAGAAGGAACAGCAACAGCAAUUGGCAGCGCAUCGUGCCGGUCUUGUAGGAGUUGGUUAUCACGCCAGCGGUUCGGAUUCGGGCAAUGGUUCAGGCGAUUCGGUACAGAGCUCGAUACCUGGUGACUCUAAUGAAUUUACGCAACACCGUGGUGUAAUAAUAAAGAAUCCACGCUUUUUGAGUAGUUCAGCAUCGUCGGCAGCUUUGAAGAGUCUUGCUGAUUUCGAUGUGGUUGCGAUAGAAGAUCAGCUUUUCUCAAUGGAGAUACCGGAUUUCAAGCCGGUAUCCAAAUUCGACUUCGAAAACUUCAUAACACUACUCUUGCCGUCGGUGGAUAACAAACCAUUGGAUGGCGAUGCACUCACUACUUUUAAGAUGAUGUUGCUGGAAACUGGUCCCAAGGUGAUUGCUGAGCACAUAACGCGCAUCGAUAUCGGUCUACUAAUUGAAGAGCUGCCUGAGGAUGAGGAUCGUAAUGUGCUGGACUGCUGUGGCUUGGAGAUGCUCACGCUGCCAUUUGGCAAGGUCUUCCGUGCCGAUUUAAUUGAGCGCACACAGUGCAUGAAACUGAUGGUCGCUGUGACAAUACUCACCUGUCAAACUGAUUUGGAUCGCGCCGAGUUACUAAGCAAGUGGAUACAAAUUGCGGUGGAAACGAAAACCGCUUUAGGCAAUCUUUUUGGCUUCUGUGCAAUAAUGUUGGGUUUAUGCAUGCCACAGAUUCAAAAAUUAGAACAAGCCUGGCACAUAUUACGCCAAAAGUAUACAGAUAGCGCUUUCACCUUCGAAGCCAAGUUACGUCCCACGCUAACCAGCAUGAAUGAGUGUUCCAAUCCGCAAGCGCCAAACACUACGGUACCACAUGUCUUGCUCUAUGCGUUAUUGAAGGAUCGACCGAUCAUCGAUAUUAUCGGUGUAAAUAAUGUCAACUUGGACGAUCGUUGUUCGCUGUACGGCACUUGUAUAACAGCGUGGGAGGCUAAAGCUGACGAUUUUGGCAUGACAAUUAACUUUCUGCACUUGGAUUCGACACGUCAUUUUCUCAACAAUUUAUCGCUGUAUAGAAAAAAUGCGAAAAUUUUGCUCGAAGAGUCCAGCAAGCGUUUGGAUGAAUUGCUCAGCGAUGCGUUUAGAACCGAGUUCCAUGUGAAAUUCUUGUGGGGUAGCAAAGGUGUCACCUCUACGCCUGAGGAUCGUCAUUCGAAAUUAGAAAAAGUGCUAGCGCUGAUGGCGGAUAAAUUUUGCAGUGUUGACUGCAACUCAGCUGCUGCCUAAACUGAGAGGAUAUAGGAUUGUGUAGAUAUACGAAAAUUGCGACACGCAUUUCUACUUUUAUAUAAAACCGGAGGCAUAAGCAUACUUAGAUAUUAAGCUAGCGCCAAAUUGUUCGCUUUGUUUCGCUGGUUCGCGUUAUAGCAACUGGGAUAGAAUAUGGAUAGUGGAUAAUAAUUCGUGGCAUACGAAAUAUGAAAUAUGUUCAUAGGAAAUGUGGAAGAGCGAGAGAAUUGAUUCCAAACGUUUAAUCAUAAUCUCAGGACUAACACUAAACGGUGCGGACAUAUUUUGCCUAGCCGUCUCAUCGCAAAAGUUGAAGCAAUAACAUCGGGUAUCAUCUGUGUUUGAGAUCUCAUAUUCUUCUCUUUCCAACUAACCGCAUGAAGACGGUAUAGAUUAUUUAAUUACAGUCAUAUACUUCAGUAAUGAAAGUAUUUGAACACUUUUCCUGGUCAUCAAUCGCUAUAAUUAUUGAAAAAAACACUAUUUAAUUAAAUACCGGUAUCUGAGCCAAUGUGAAAGUUCGGAUCCGGCUCCUCUAAAAUUAUUUAGUACUUCCAGCAACUAUUUGUGUUCCAUAAAGCCUUUUAGCUCUUCAGAAAUAGUUUGAGGUCAAUAGACCUCUAUAAUUCUCAGACACCAUAAUACUAGAAGCUAGAUCCAACAUCUAGGAGAGGUACAUGUUAGAUAGACGAGUUUAACAUUGAUUAUUAGUAUUAAAGUAGUCUUGGAAAAAUCUGCUCAGGUUAGAGAUGUUGAAAAUCAAUAGUCAGAUCAUACAUCAAGUUUAUGUAGAGUUAUACAAUCUCAUAAUGGAGAUAUGAAAGCUCUUACUUACUGCCUUCCCUAAAUAAAAGCGACGACUUUACGUCAAAUAUCAAAAUGUUUUCUUGAAUUGUUGUUGUGAAAUUUUAUUGUACAGAGAAACUUCGUUUUUCGCAGCCAACUUUACUUCGGACCGCUCUGUCAAAAUAGAAAUUUUCAACCGCUCAGCGUCGCCGUCGCGUUAUUUCGGUAUGCGACAUACAAAUUGUAUGGGCAUGAAAAUUUUUUGACAGUCAUUUGCCGCUGACGCUUUUAUUUAGGGAAGGCAGUUAGACUUCGGGGUAUUAUUCCAUAUUUUCAGUAAGAAUCUUGUAAUUAUAUUAUAGAGUUUUAUGGGACCAAAGUAAGAUCUUAAUGACACUAAUUCUGUCACUCGUAGAAACUUAGUCGAAUAUGAAAUCCAUAUUUACUCUAAUCUCGUGCCGAAUACACCAAAUUAGCAAGUAAAGAAUAUCAAAUACAACAUAUUAUGUAAUUAAUUAUAAAUUUAUAGACCAGUAUUGUAGUCUUUAAAAGCUUUUUAUAUUUCAUUUUGAUACUAUUUACACUAUGCAACAAUAAUUGGCUUUUUAAUAAUAUUUGUUACAGAAAAUUAAACGGUAGUUUAGAGGUGUUAAGCUAAACACUAGGGAAGUAUUUUAGAUAAUUGAGUGUUAUAUCUCUUAUUUAAAGUUUUUACAAUUAUUUCGUCUGAGUCAAUUUGCAUCUUAAUUACCACACCUAAUGACUCGUAGUCAAAUCAGUAAGUAAGACUCUUGGAACUUUUCUUCGAUCGAUAGCUUCGUAGAAACCCUUAGAUAGUUUAUGAGUGCCAUCACUGAAGCUAUUUGUGGCGCUUGAAUGUCAGUACGAAUAGCUGACUUAUAAUGAUAUUUCUACUUGCUGUCAUAAUACCAAUAUUUAGUGAAUCACUUUCAUUUAUUUUUUUUCAUAUGACAAUAUACUUAAUAUUAAUUUUCCAUUCUAUAUGCCGCCUUAUUUUCUUUGCUUAUGUAACUACCUCAAAAAUAGUGUUCAACUUUCUUUCGAGUUUUGAAAUAAAUAUAUAUAAUGGAAAACCAUAAAAUAUUAUAGGAGUACAUAUUGAUAAGCAAUUAGAUAUGUAAAUAUAUACGCAUAUAAAAUUAAUAAAUUUAAACAUAUAUGAAUAUAUAAUAUUUAACUUGAAAUAAAUAUCGCUCAAGCGAAGAAACGAUUGCAUUUAAGCCAAACAACGCAAAUCCAUUUACGGUACACCAAACUAAAGUGUGAAAUUGUAAAGUAUUUAGAAAUAUAAUGUAAAUUUUAUAAGAAAAAUUAUAUAAAGGAUAUUAAUGAUAUUUAAAAUAAGUUCAUACAUAUAUCAAAAUACCCAAAAGUCAAACAAUUCGUUAUUCUAAAAUAUGUAUACCGCCAGAAAUUUGUACCUUUUAGUUAUUAAUUCAUUUUUAAAUAUCUAAUUUGUGAUUAAACUAUAAUAUAUUUAUUUAUAUAAACAUAUUCCAACGAAUUACAAAAAUUAAAUAGUUUUUAUUAACUAAGAUCUCUCUAUAUAUAAAAUAACCAUUUAAACUUCCAUUUUUGGACCAAAAACGCUACGAAUUAUAAUUAUGGACUCACUAACUACUUCCACUGCAAAUCGUUACUUAAAAAUGAAGAGUACAGCUCUAAACUAAAAUAUUCAUUUCUUGGCUCCAUUAGUAUGAAAAAGUUUAUAUACCAUACUUAUGAGUACUCAAGGUUUAGCGAGUACCCAGGGAAUUUUAUA